GCCCUAAAAAAACCAACUACAUUACUGUUAUGUGUCAGCUAAGCUCGCAAGAGAACGAAGAGUUCCAACAUAAAAUUCCUAAAACAGACGAGGAAUUCGACCCAUCUCUUUUCCCCGAAUUAUGUGAUGCUCAUUGUCACCCUCAUGACGAUGUUAAAAACCUGUUAAAAAUAGCUCAACUCAAAACGGGUUUUGUUACGCUUAUGGGCGUUCGACAAGAUGAUUGGGAUACUGUUGCAAAGGUAGCGACUGAUUGCCUUAACGGCAAAAGUCAGACAAAAUGUAUACCUAGUUUUGGUAUCCACCCAUGGUUCUCCCACUUUGUUACGGGAAAUACUGAUGAUGCAAACUAUAAUACACCACGAGACUUUUACAAGCAUAUCUUAGCUUCACCUCAUGAACGAGAACUGGACGAAAUGAUAGAUGCCCUACCUGAUCCAGUUCCUUACAACACCUGGUAUAGUAAUUUACGUCAACAUUUAUUAGAUCAUCCAAAUGCCUUGGUUGGCGAGGUGGGUGUUGAUAGAUCUGCUCGAUUAUUACCAGGUGGUGCUAUUGAAUGGCAUAACGUUAAACCGACCAAUGUUCAAACGACAAUAGACCACCAACUUGCUAUUUUUAAUAUACAAUGUCAAUUAGCACGAAAGCUUGAUCGCAGUAUAAGCGUUCAUUGUGUGCAAGGACAAGGUCAUUUAUUUGAUCAUCUCAAAGCUCAAUCCAAUCAAUUCAGUAAUCGACAACUACGAAAAUUGAAACAGGAAGGCAAACCUAUCCCUAAUACCUUAAGACUUUGCCUGCAUUCUUUCGGAGGAGCGCCUGCUACUGUAAAACAGUUUUUAGAACUGAAGGGAUUUGAAGUAUAUGUGUCGUUCUCAGUAUGCAUCAAUGCGCGACAUACACCUGCUAAAAAGUUACUGGAGCUAAUUAAAGCGGUACCUGAUGAUCGACUUCUAAUUGAGUCGGAUAUCAAUAAACCUGAUGGUCUAGAUAUCUGCAUGAUGGAAAUUUCAAAAAUUGUCGCUUAUGCAAAAGGAUGGACACUCAAGCAAACGGCGGAAACAACAAAGAAGAAUUGGAAACGAUUUGUGAAUUACAAUGACGAAACUGAUAGAGUACCUAGUUCCUGAAUAUAAUCUUUUUGAAUGAGAUUGUUUACGAGAAACCAUUACCAAAGCAAAGCUAGUCUUGUUACUAUUCAAUCAAAUGAAUUACUUCACUUAUACUAUUUCUUAUAUUAAGCAUUUCCACGUACGCCUAACAGAUUCAUCAACAAAAUUAGUAUUAUCAUUCCUUUAUUUGGGUUCAAAGAGAAUCAUAGCCAAACAAGAUCAUAUCACCUAAUCAUGGUUUUAGCGCUGCGACGUGCAAUCUUCUUCAUCAUUGCAUCCAGUAGCCUUCCUACCAUAUUUAAUUAUGGUUUAGUUUUGGUUUACAAAAGAAUAGGUUUGAUACCACAAGUUAGAAGUGAUGAUAAUCUAAAAAGAUAUUUUAUAAUAAAAAUUAAUAAGGGUUUCUCAUCGAAAAC